AAAAAGGAGUUACUUUCGAUUCCUAACCACGUCCACAUAGCAAGCAAGAGCAAACUCCGGCGACCAGAAAUGGAGUUUCAGUGUGAUGAAACUGCAAAGAAAAAAAUAUCUGCCCUUGAGCUUGGAAGUAAACUCGGGAUUAUUGGAAACCAAACUGAUGUUUCACAAUUGAUCCACAAUUCCCUCAGACCACCAGCAGCUGGCGAAUCUCUAUCAAAGACAGUAAAAGAAUGGCAACAAGAACUUCUCGCUUAUCUCAAGAUUGUAUCCCCUACGCCAACAGUGAGCAAAUCUAGCUUUCGCGACGCUAGAAAGCUUUUUGGGGAAAACUUAAAAAAAAAAGUGACACUGCGGAAGUCUGGCCACCUUGGGGCUUACGAAGAAAUAUCUCUCCUUCAGUUCGAUCCGAACUUUACCUCUUCUGAGGUUAUCUGCCGUCAUCCGUCUUGUUCGAUCAAUAAUUCAGAGGCAGCGAAAAUUGGCAGCAAAAGAGAUCUUUUCCUUUGUACAACUCAUCAGCAAGCGUUGAGGGAAAAUAUUUCUGACCUCUUAGCAAAGAAGGAAAUUGAACUCUCCACCAGUACAAAAAAGCCUGAACACGGUCACUUUGCCGGAUACACCUCACUUAUCGGUCUGCUGGAGGGAGCCUAUCAUGAUGCGAAGAAAUUUCAGACGCUAAGGGGAAAAUCUCCGUUGAUCCAAGAAGCAAUUCUUAAUGUUAGAAAUUUCUUGAUCAUAACCAAUUGCUUGUUAAACCCCAAUGGUGACAACUUGGAAAUUGCUCUGCCACCUGUUGUUCAAAUCUUGCGUCUCAUCCUCCAGAAUCCUGAUGCAACCAAUCAGCUGGGAGUUGGCCUCAUCUACAUACUCCGCGAGGUCAUAGAGAUGAUCCUUUUCUCUUUUGGUGUGAUCUACACUUGGGUGGCACUUGCCCUCAGCAAUCCUGGUGCUCAGAUUGGGUUUGGAGUGGGGGCAAUUUUGGGGGCAAGUGCUUUCUUCCUGGGACCUUGGAGUGGAGCACCUGGUGUGGCCAUAGUAGGGACAGCUGGAGGUCUCAUUGGCAAUGGUGUUCACGGUUUGAUUACUGGGGGACAACGACACCAAGAACUACAGCAAUUCAGACAGAGAUGGAUGGAAGCUGGAGGUGAUAUACCAGGGAGUGGUCGACCAAACAACCAGUAUCAAGUGUACUAUUUUGAAGGGGAUGUUGCUGGUGGACUAGAUCUGUUUCCAGCAGAUCUUUGAACCAAAAGAAUUUGUUCAACCCUUUGACUGUCAACAUCUGUCUUGAAAGUCUCCUUUUCAUAUAUAAAAGAUUUUCUUGUAAAUUGAUUUUAAAGAGGAGUUAGUGUUACGUCAAAAUAACUUCCUCCAGUUGAUAUUUGUAUCAAUUCUUAUCUCAUUUUUCCUGAAUAAUGUAUUUAAAUUGGAUGGAGAGGAUACAAAUUCAUCUCUUCAAAAGAUCAAAGGGUUAUUGUAAGUAUGCACAAACAUCACUAGUCACCAGUUUGUGCCUGUUUUAGAGUCAAUUAAGUUAUAAAAAAUAACUGAAGAAUUCAAAUAGCAAGAAUGAACCCUAACCAUCCAUUUUAGGAAGUAUUGAUUGUUGUAGAGAGUAGCCAUGAAUAGAGAGUUUCUAGAAAUUUUUAGGAAGCUUGAUAAUGCUAUGUGGGUACUGGAGCAAUCUGAUGUAAUAAAUUGAAACUUUUUAGAACUUUUACAACUAGGGGAUGCCUUAAUGAUGUAACACUAUGAGAACAGUUAUUUUGUAGGAUUUAAGAACAUUUCAUAUUGAUGCCUUAUUAAUGCACAUGAGCAGUCAGUCACCUAACAAAGUUAGCAGGUGUUAUCAGCAAGGACUGACUGCUUGGAAAAUCUAAAUAGAGUUCUUGUGGUAUACUGCUGUAUUUUUCUGACAGUCAGGAGUUUCAGAGGAAAUUUAAGAGGAAAUUUUCACUGUGAGUUUGUAUCAGCAGUGGCUGAAAUUAAUUUUAUAGUGGAUUAUUUAGUUUAGGAGUCAAUCCCUUGUAACACCUACCUCAAAAGUAUGGUUAAAAAAAAUUAAUUGGUUUCAUAGGGUAAUUGUAUAAUUUAAAGUAAUGUUCUUGUUGGCUACAUUUUACAGUAACAGUUUCAGACUCACACAGUCUGUCGAAAAUGGGCUAGCUGUUUUGCUUAGGAACACUGCAUUAGAUGCAGAAACUUGUAGAAUUAAAGAUGCUUUAUCAUUCA